UCCCGCCGAUCCCGCCGCCGCCGCCGCCGCCAUGUCGCCGCUCGCCCGCUCGCUGCUCGCGCUCGGCGCGCUGCUCGCCGCCGCCGACGCUAAUGUAUGGGAGCUGGAAAGCCUCCGACCAAAUUGCGCUGGUUUUAGAAUAUCUGCUCGCCGGUAUGACGGAAAGCCCAUGGAAGACAUAAUUUACGAACUCAGGGCCUUAAAGACUGGCAGCGGAGGAUUCCACGACAUACCCAAUUACUGCGCAAAAUACGGCGUAGACAUCGAGUACCAGAGUGUGGUAGUAUGCAACGAGUACGAAGGCCGGACGUCAGCGCCCAGGAAGCCACCGAAAGUCCGCCCGUUGAGCGAAGACACCAUGUCACCGGUGUAUGCGUCGUGUAAAGGAGUACGUGAAUGUGGACCACUCAUCUUCCGUGUUACACAGAGAUGCCUACCCUAACGGAAUAUAUAGUUAAUCGAUGUAUAGGAAUUAAAAUAUUUUUUUUAGAGAACCUUAAGUGCAAUCGAAGAAUGUAACGAUUUUUAUUCAUGCUGAUAUAUUCAAAGCGUGUGAGGUUUACAAUAAAGUGUGUGUUUUAUUUCUUCAUAACUAGGUA